ACGGGGUAAACGCUUUGAAAAGCCGAUUUCCGCCACAAUGCAAAGCGAAAGUAGAGGAAAUUCUCGGUCCAUUAGUUGAUAUUUUUUGCGAAUAAAACAUUUGACAGCUUCACAGGAUAUACAGUGGUUGAGUCCUUUUCUUAACCGAACCAGUCUAGCAUGGAUGGUGUUCAAAACAAGCCGGCAGACAGUGAGGAACGAAUCGAUACUGAACCAUGUCCUUCUGAUGACCAGGCAAGCUUCAUAGGUAAAACAGAAUCUUCUGUCACCAACAUCAGUCAACAAAACACCAAAGAUGAAGGACACCCUAUUUCGACAAGCCACAAAAGAGAUCAUGGUACGGAAUCUGCAGCCAGCCAAACUACUUGUAUGGAAGGAAACACCAAGAAUGAAGAACGAACUUCAACUGUAACAAGUUCAGAAGAAUCUCAUUCCCCAUCUGGACUGCAGGAAGACAAAACAGGAGCACCUCAUUCUUUUAACAUCGAAUCUAAGUUUGAAAAGAAGGACUUGGUGGAUCACGUAAAAGGAGUUAUUUAUGGAAACUGCAUUGGAGAUGCCAUAGGACUGUUGACCGAGUUUAUGAGUAAAUCAGAAGCUGCCCAUAUUUAUGGUAAAUCAGAUGGUGUAAAAGAGAAAUUGAUGGACUUUGUGAAAAGAGAAAAGAAAGAGCCACAUUUAGAAUAUGGCAUGAAAAAUUAUGACUUUCAUCGAAGCAGAUGGGAGACUGGAGACUGGACUGAUGAUUCUGAUCAGAUGAUUUUGAUCUUACUUUCGCUGUUAGACAACGAUGGCAAGAUGGAGCCUGUGGAUUUUGCCAAAAAGAUGAGGAACUGGAGCAGGAAAGGUUUCGCAGAACUUGGGGACAUGGGUGGAAUGGGUAUUGGCCGCACCACAUACAAAGUUCUGCACCAUCCUAACUUCCUUACUAAUCCACAUCAGGCAGCAGAGUAUGUGUGGGAAGAGUCUGGUCACUUAGUUGCUCCAAACGGAGGUGUGAUGCGAACUUCUAUUCUUGGAAUUCAUGACUUUGGCAACAUCGAGGAAGUAAUAAAAAACACCAAGGCAGCAUGCAAGGUCACACAUGCUGACCCAAGAUGCAUUGCAUCAUGUGUUGCCACAACAACAGCAGUUGCAAUGAUGUUACAGGGAAAAUAUUUUGAGAAGGAAUCCAACUGUUUUGAUGUUGAGGCAAUCAUACAGGAGGCAUAUAGUUAUGCCUGUGCCACACUUGAAACUGUUGAACAGGAAGAGGAAUUAAAACAACACAUGUUUGCCAAGUCAUUAGAUGAUCUUAAUCUGGAUGAAGCUGGGAAAAUAGGUUACACAUAUAAAUGUUUAGGUGCAGGAUUUUGGUCCCUGAGGCAAAAUGACUUCCGAACGGCCAUAGAGGCCGUCGCAUUUGAGGCCGGGGACGCUGAUACUAAUGGCGCUGUGUCUGGAGCUUUGCUGGGCUGUAAACUGGGCGCCAGUAAAUUACCUGACUCUUGGUUCAAUGGACUAAAGCAUAAAGACUGGUUAGAUGGACAUAUUUACAAGUUUUUGGCUCUCCUUGGCCUAAAUGAAUGAAAGGAAGAAAAACGUAUUAACUGGGAGCGUGUUGUGUAAAAUUUUUGAUGUAUUGCUGUUCAGGCACAUAUUCCAAGAAAAGAAGUAAAAAAAAAUUGGAUAUUAGUAGAUUUUUAAAAUAUAGAGUAGCUGCAGGUAGAUUUUCGUGUUAGAGGUGAAUAAUUUUUAUGUUUUGGCGAUGAAUUUUCGAGCAAGGAGAUAAUGGAUAUUUUUUUUCCUGGUUGCGAAUAAUUUUUAGAUGGAUAUUACUUUAGUCAGUGUUACGAAUAAGACCACAGAAGGAACAAAUAUCAAUUGCAAAACUUUACUGUAUGUUUAUAAUACACUCAAACAACUACUUAUUGAAUGUUUGUUCUACAAAACGCUGCUAACCUUAAGGCAAAAGCAGUUCCUGUAUUAUGAGAUGUACUGCGCUCAGCUUGCGUACGAGAUGGAAUAAAUCAAACCAUAUAGUUAGAACUUAGCAAGAAAAAAGAGAGCAAUGUAGGCUAAUAUAUAUAAAGAUAUGAUGGACACUUCCCAUAGAAUCCUUCCAUAAGGCCCCGUGUAAACUACGCUUAAGGAAGUUGAAAAUACGGUUAGGCUAACCGUCUACACUGAUCCGUCACGAAAAAAGAACUUUUCGAAAACGCUCUUCAAACCAGAGGAAUUUGGAAACGCCGGCCU